GCCACUACGCCUGCGCUGCUCGCCGAGAGCUGGGGCGCGCGGGGGAGCGGCCCCGCUCCGGUCCCCGUCGGGCGGUGGCGGGUGCAGCAAGCAGGAUGCCGGGGCGCCGGGCAGAGACUCUACAAGUGAAUGAGAACUUCUUUCUACGGAACUGAGGUGAAGAACUUCACCAUGGGUCAACAAAUUUCAAACCACACACAAACUGUAAUUAACAAGUUGCCAGAAAAAGUAGCAAAGCAUGCUUCCUUGAUUCAAGAAAGUGGUUUCCUAACGUAUGAAGAGUUUCUGGGAAGAGUAGCUGAACUUAAUGAUGUUACUGAAAAAUUGGCUUCUGGACAAGACAAACAUUUGUUAUUUGAAGUGCAGCCUGGUUCUGAUUCUUCUGCUUUCUGGAAGAUGGUUGUUCGGAUAAUAUGUACUAAAAUAAAUAAAACAAGUGGCAUCGUCGAGGCUUCCAGAAUCUUGAACUUAUAUCAGUUCAUUCAACUUUAUAAAGAUAUCACCAGUCAAGCAGCAGGAGUUCUUGCACAGAGUGGUACUUCUGAAGAAUCUGCUGAGAGUUUGAUGUCUGUGUCAUCUUGUCAGGCCAGCUUAUGGAUGGGAAGGGUUAAGCAGUUGACAGAUGAAGAGGAAUGUUGCAUCUGCAUGGAUGGGCGUGCUGAUUUAAUCUUGCCAUGUGCUCACAGUUUCUGCCAGAAAUGCAUUGAUAAAUGGAGUGAUCGUCACAGAAGCUGUCCAGUCUGCCGUCGGCAAGUGACGGGGGCAAGUGACUCUUGGGUUGUCUCAGAUGCACCUACGGAAGAUGAUGUGGCUACCUAUAUACUUAACAUGGUAGAUGAGGCAGGCCAGCCUCACAGACCCUGACACUGGCCAGCAAGCUGAUAGUAGCAGAAGCACUCAAAGCUUUUGUUUUCAUAAACAUCUGAUUUUACCUCUCCUUGCAGUUCUUCCAAGUCUGUCUUCUCCUCGUAGCUGCUGUGCCUCUAUGCUGCUCUUCUAAAACACAGGUUAUACGAACCAGUGUAUGUGCAGUCUUAAUUAGCAAUCUGUACUUUCAGUAGACUUCUUAACAAAAUUUAACAACUUUUCAUAUUAACAGUUUGGCUACUAGGUGAAGCAGUUUAUAACAGCACAACCACAACUGCUAACUGCUGUUUGAACAUCACAGUGUACUGCUACAGAAGAUGAACUAUGUCAGAUGGCUUGACCUCACAGUUCUUAUCCUUAAAAGCUUUUAGUUUCAUGACAAAUGUGAAUAAAGGUGAGUUAGCACUAGUGAUUAUUAAUUUGAAAAUUUACUACUGAAACUUGAAGAUGUCCCACUGCCUGUUCUUCAGUAGCCAGUUAUUGCUGGUUUUAGUGUUUAUAGACACAUCUGAUCUGAGUGUUAGUAGUCUUUUAAAUCUGAUUUGGAGAGUGUAGGCAGCACUGUAAAUAUACUCAUGCACUUCUCUUUAUACUUCUAACAAGAUUUUCUCUUAGGGUAUUUUUUUUAAAUACAAUAUUUAGGAUAGUCUUAUUAGCUUGGAAACAUUAAGCAGUUUCAUAUACAAUCCUUUUUUAAUCAAGAACAGCCAAAAUUAUUUUUAAACAUUAGGCAUAUCUGAAGAGAAUGACAGUAUUUGGAGGUUAAGAUGUACUUUAGUCUGAUGCUGUGGUUUUACCUGCUUCUCUUGAGGUUUUGAAGUGUUAACUCAGAGUUAUAAAGGAUACUAAGAGUUAUAUGGUGAUGAUCCUAAGGAAAGGUGCUGUGCUUUAUUAUCUACAAGUGCAAUAUACUUUUAUGUAGCAGAGAGAGACUUCCACUUGAAUAAUAAUGUUUGCAGUGAGAUGCGCAUGUGACAACUUGGGAAAAGGGAUAUCACAACUGAAGGGCAACAGUGUAUUUCUGUGUCUAGCACAGUAAAAUCCUUAAAGAGCUGUGUACAGACAGUCUAAAAUGUUAAUGUUCAGGAAACCCAUCUUAAGCCUCUUUUGCAUAAAUAUUACUAGAAAAAUUAACUGCUGUUGUAGAUAAUUAAUUUUCAGUAUAUAUUAACAAUACUCUUUUAACUUGAGGCUAUGAGAAAUAAUCAAGUGUAGCAUUUGAGAGAAUAUCAGCAUAAAUCUUGCUUACUUUAAGACUGCAUUUUUAAUUACUGUAUUUGUUAAAAUUCAGUGAUGCCGUAAGGCUAAGGCCUUUUAUCACAGACAGGUUCUGAGGUAAAAGGCAUGUACACAGGUAGAUAGGUACAUUUGGGUUAUUUUUCUUGAUUGGCUGCAAAAUAAUUUAGUUACAUAGGGGACUAGAUCUUGGGAAUCUCUCUAUUAUACUUUUAUUUGUUCAGAAACAUGCAUAGCAUUGGCAGCCAUUUGAGCUUGGCUUAUGGCACAGUUGUCAAAUUUGCCAUAGACAUUAAGACAAAUAAGCAACUACUUCUCUUGUGUAUAUCAUCAAGGGCCAGGAUGACUUUGUGUGUAAAUCUGUAAUUAACUAUCGAAAAAUCCAUUUAUUAAUGUAUAUAGCUUAGAAUUGAUUUUUUUUCCCUCCCUUUGUUAAUCCUUUUAUAUCAAUGAGAUACUCUUCAGAAUAUGCUUGGACUAUUUGUUGCAUAACUGCAGUUAUUAUUUGGGCUGAAGAUUGUUAAAGGUCAGGGAUUUUCCACUAAAAUAUUUGCAAAUAUUCCUAAUCACACACCAGUUUGGGUUCUUUUUGCUUUUUGAGCUUACAUUAGCCCAUGUUCAGAAAUCUAAAAUGAACUAUGAAUUUUUUUAAACUUUUUGUAUCACUGGAACGAGAAGAGCAUCUAAAUUAAAGCUUGAAACUACUUUGUUUUUCAAGUAUUUCAAGCAUUAUACUUCUGGAAUGAGAUUUUGUAAGUUGACUUUCUGCUGAGAACUUACAUGAACUUCUUCAGAUGUAAUUUUAUAAUGAUGCAAACAGAUUGUUAAUUGCAGCAUAAUCACACUUGCAGUUGCAAUAUAAAUUAAUGCAAGAAUUAUUUAACUAGUGAAAAAGUAAACUUUGUAUUCUGUACAGCUUUUUUUUUAAUUAAGUUGCUGUAAUUCACACUGCUGUGAUGUAGGUACUGUAAUGUGUGCCUUGUAAAAUAUAUGUACUGUAUGUUAUAUGGGAUAAUAGGUAAACUAACACUGAAAAACUAGUAAUUUAGUACUGAUACCUAGCCUGAAGUGCUACAUUUAGCAAACGGUUUUGGAAAAAGGAAUCAGAUUGGCAGGGACAUGGCAGUGGGUUCCAGAAGUUAGGCCUUGAAAAUGUGAAUUACUACGAAUAGCUAUUGGUGGAGGGCAUUAGAAGAAACUAAACUUUCUUGUGUUAAGAUUUCCUACAAGUUUAAUGUGAAAUUGUAAUUUAAGCGUAUUGUAUUAAUAGCUAAGGACAUUCCAGUAUAUUAAAAUUUGUGUAUGAAUUGUGCAAUAAAGUUACUUUGGAAAAAAUGUCUAAGUUCUUUUAAGCUUAAGGAAUGUCUUGGCUUUAAUACCAUAGAAGUAUGAAAACUGAAUUUUAAUCCAAAUAAAAUUUCAUUGUGCA